UCUCUUACACACACAUACCACCUCAUUAGGCAAUCUUCUCUGUGUCUGCCUACUCUCUUUCUUCUUUUAUAAACACAUCCUUCUUCUCCCCUCUCCGCCGUUAUGGCAGACCCUAACCCAUUCCUUCCUAUCUCCCAACCACUACACCCCACCGACACCUCUCUCCCAGAUGGCUCCCACCGCCCCCCCUCCAAGAAACUCCUCUUGGGGGUCUUUUCUGGUUUGUUCCUGGUUUUCUUGUUUCUCGCUUUAAUUAAUGAUCAGAAGGGGUCUCAGCAGAGCAUCCAUUCACAAGAAGAUGAAAAUGUAGCAUCAUUGGCUUCGUCGAAAGAAUCUGCGAAACCGGAGAUUUUGAGGCCUAUCUCCCGUGGCGUCUCGGCCGGUGUGUCUGAGAAAGCCAGCCUGAUAUCUAGCGGAUCGGAAUCGUCGACGGAUCAGUAUCCAUGGAACAACAGCAUGUUAUCAUGGCAAAGAACUGCUUUCCACUUCCAACCUGAAAAGAACUGGAUGAAUGAUCCUAAUGGUCCAUUGUAUUACAAGGGCUGGUACCAUUUCUUCUACCAGUACAAUCCACAUGCUGCAGUGUGGGGUGACAUUGUAUGGGGCCAUGCUGUAUCAAGGGACUUAAUCCACUGGCUUCACCUUCCAUUAGCAAUGCUUGCCAAUCAGUGGUAUGACCAAAAUGGUGUAUGGACUGGCUCCGCUACCAUCCUCCCAGAUGGAAAUGUUGUCAUGCUGUACACUGGAUCCACCAACGAGUCAGUUCAGGUGCAGAAUCUUGCAUAUCCAGCAGACCCCAAUGAUCCUCUUCUCCUUGAAUGGACCAAAUACUCCGGCAAUCCGGUUCUAGUCCCACCACCAGGCAUUGGCACCAAGGAUUUCCGUGAUCCAACCACAGCUUGGUACACUUCCGAGGGAAAAUGGCGCAUCAGCAUAGGGUCUAAAGUUGGCAAAAGUGGCAUAGCUUUAAUCUAUGACACUGAGGACUUCAUAAAUUAUAAGUUGCAACCUCAGGCACUUCAUGGUGUCCCUGGCACUGGCAUGUGGGAGUGUGUGGACUUUUACCCUGUUUCGAGGAAGGGUGAACAUGGAUUGGAUACGUCUGAUGAUGGCCCUGAAGUGAAACACGUGGUUAAGGCAAGCCUUGAUGAUGAUAAGCAUGAUUACUUUGCACUCGGAACUUACGAUGAAUUGAACAAUACAUGGACUCCAGACAAUCCAGAGAUUGAUGUUGGUAUUGGUCUUAGGUAUGAUUAUGGAAUAUUCUACGCAUCCAAGACAUUUUAUGAUCAGAAUAAGGGGAGGAGGGUAUUGUGGGGUUGGAUAGGCGAGUCUGAUAGUGAAGUUGCUGAUGUCAAGAAAGGAUGGGCAUCUCUUCAGGGCAUUCCAAGGACAGUCUCGUUAGACGCAAAGACUGGCAGCAAUCUGCUUCAAUGGCCAGUGGAAGAGGUAGAGAGUUUGAGACUACGAAGCAGUGAAUUUGACAAGGUGGAGGUCAAGCCAGGGUCAGUUGUGCCCCUUGAUCUUGAUGCAGCCACACAGCUAGAUAUCGUUGCGGAGUUUGAGUUAGACAAGAAGGUAUUGCGGAACACAGCUGAAUCCAAUGAGGAGUUCAGCUGCAGGACAAGUAAAGGAGCAGCUCACCGUAAUGCAUUAGGACCAUUCGGUCUUCUGGUUCUUGCUGAUGACAGCCUUGCCGAGCAUACCCCUGUAUACUUCUACGUUACAAAAGGAAGUAACGGCACCCUCAAAACUUUCUUCUGCACAGACCAAUCAAGGUCUUCUGCAGCAAAUGACGUUAACAAACAAAUUUAUGGUAACUUCGUUCCAGUCCUGGAGGGUGAAAAAUUCACUCUAAGGAUAUUGGUGGAUCAUUCGAUAAUCGAAAGCUUUGCCCAAGGGGGUAGAACAACCAUCACCUCCCGGGUUUAUCCAACAAGGGCAAUCUAUGGAAGUGCCAGGCUCUUUUUGUUCAACAAUGCCAUUGAAGCCAAUGUUACUGCUUCACUCAAGAUAUGGCAAAUGAAUACUGCGUUUAUUCGUCCCUAUCCAAAUAUCCGGUAGACUGUGAAACUUAUCCUUCCAGGUCUACCUCAUUUGUUGCAAUUUGUACAAUAAUUUUUUUUUGCCUUUUGCAAUUUUUUGAAUUUGCCUGGUUUCUUUUUCAAUUUUGUUUUCAUUUUGAUCAUUAGAUGUGAAAGGUCAAAGAGAUAGGUCUACUAGAAGUAGAAGAGCAUAUGUAAACAUGUUUCUUUGUGCAAAGCAUAUGGUGUGAUUGCAUAUAUAGCGAUUGAUUCUGAAA